AACCGUGUCAUUCUGAUACUUCUGCGUGUGCUAUUUCUGUAUGGCAACUACCAUUUAAGUGUUCUGUAUUUAGUAACAUAGAAGACUAUUCUGGUUGUAGGCCAGAGACUCCUUUCACUUUGUGUUUGUAAGGCUGCAUUAGCCAGUCAGAGUAUGAGUUCAUCAGGGUUUUGGUCUGUGGAUUACGAGAUUUAUGGGGACGUUCAAGGAGUCUUCUUCAGAAAGUAUACAGAAGAUCAAGCAAAACGUGUUAAUGCUGUUGGAUGGGUUAAAAAUGCCCCCCGUGGAACAGUUGUAGGUCAAGUCCAGGGGUCAAAGAGUAUAGUGGAAAUAAUGUAUGCAGGGUCGGACUGGGCCGGUGGUGCCCAGAUCUCUGUCUCUGGCCUCAGGACUUGCGGCAGAGUCGGUAGGGCCUGGGCCCCGCAGUCCAACCCUGCAGGAAAAACUGGCUACAGAAUGUUGGGAGCCCAAUGUCUCGUAUUGACAAGGCCGUUUUCUCCAACGAGCGUGAAAUUCCGGCUUUAGAAUAUAACAAUUUUAAAACAAACUAUUAGUCUUAGUCUGUCCAGAUGCAAGUCAACAAAGAACACGUUGAAUACUCUUGUGAUUUUGAUUGUUUCUUCAUGCUUUCAGUCCCCACAACCUUUCACUGCAUAUAUAUUUGUAGAUAUUAAAGUUAUCAUUUGUAAUGUA